AUGGACGCGCAGGCGCAGCUGCCCACGACAAUUCAGCUCAGGGAAGAAGAGAAACCAUUCUUCAUUUCUACUCUUCACCAAGGCAGGCCGCGGAUCCGUGAGGAUAGUAGCACUAGCCUGGGGAUUCAGAAGAAGAUGAGAAGGGUGCUGCCACUGUGCGCGCUCGUCGUCGUGCUCCUCUGCGUGGCGAGUCUCGUGGACGUCACGGAGGCGGCGGGGCGCGGAGGAGGCAAGGGUGGCCGCGGCAUCGGCGGCGCCGGCGCCGGAGCCAGGGGAAGCCACAGCGGUGGCCCGCGAGGCCUCAGCGGCGGCACCUGGACGGCGUGCGUCGGGUCCUCGCUGCUUGCUGCGGCGGCCAUGCUCUUGUAG